AGUGGAGCGUAAACACCAAAGGCUUGAAUCGAGCGUGCACGGCACCAAGCAGACCUGACCUCAUCUGAAGCACGUUCCCAUCAACAUGUGGCUUUAUAACUUUUUACUGAGCUUCGACCUGAAGAGUCUCUUCUUGUUCUUGUUUCUGUUCCUUCUCAUCGCAGACUUCUUGAAAAACAGGAAACCACCAAACUUCCCUCCAGGGCCGAGGGCGCUGCCCUUCGUGGGGAACAUCUUGGAGCUGGACAGCAAACAUCCACAAGAACACUUUGCCAAGCUGGCUGAACGUUAUGGGAACGUCUUCACCGUUCGCUUCGGCAGAGACACCAUGGUGAUCGUGUGGGGCUACAAGAUGGUGAAGGAGAGCAUAGUGGCUCAGGCCGAGAACUUUGUGGACCGGCCGUACAACGCUGUGGCUGACAGGUUCUACUCUGAACCUGAAGCUGGUCUCUUCAUGAGCAAUGGUGAAAAAUGGAAGAGACAGCGACGGUUCACUCUGUCCACCCUACGCACCUUCGGCCUGGGCAAGAACAUGCUGGAACAGAACAUCUGCGAGGAGAUCCGAUACCUGCAGGAGGAACUGCAGAGGGAGCGAGGUAAACCGUUCACUCCGGCUGGUCUCUUCAACAACGCCGUGUCCAACGUCAUUUGUCAGCUGGUCAUGGGGAAAAGAUUUGACUACAGCGACCACAGCUUUCAGAUCAUGCUGAAGUACAUGUCCGAUUCAAUUUGGUUGGAGGGGAGCGUAUGGGGUCAGAAAAAGUCCAGGCAGAGAUUGACAAUGUGAUCGGACAGGUCCGGCAGCCCUCAAUGGCCGACAGACCAAACUUGCCGUACACUGAUGCCGUCAUCCAUGAGAUCCAGAGGUUUGGAAACAUAGUGCCUCUGAAUGGACCCAGGGUCGCUGCCAAGGACACAACUCUGGGUGGUUACUUUAUACCAAAGGGAACAUCUAUAGUGCCUGUCCUGACCUCUGUGCUGUUUGACAAGACUGAAUGGGAAACUCCAGACACCUUCAAUCCCGGACACUUUCUGGAUGCAAAUGGAAAGUUUGUGAAGAAAGACGCCUUCCUGCCCUUCUCUGCAGGGAAACGUGUGUGCCUUGGAGAAGGCCUCGCCAAGAUGGAGCUGUUCCUGUUUUUGGUCGGCUUACUGCAGAAGUUCACCUUCUCUGCUCCUGAAGGAGUCGAGCUGAGCACAGAAGGAGUAACUGGAUUUACUCGCGUUCCUUCACCCUACAAGGUUCAUGCCAAAGCUCGCUGAGUUACGCAACCUUGCACCGAGUCCUUUUCAACUCCAGAGAAAACUGAGUAAAAAGGUUUCAGCUGAAUAAGCUGUUAUUUUACCGCCUCUGUACUUUAGUGUUGUAAAAUCGCUGCCCUCGAGUAAAAGCUGUUAAAAUCGCUUCAGUUAAGCAUGUUGUGCUGAGUUACAGUUAUUUUUCCACAAUAAUAUUACUCUGUUAGUGCAGGUCAACCUGUAUUAACUGACGAAAAUGAUUUCAGACCUAUUUGCAUCGAAACAUAAACUGUAAUCAACUCUGGUUGUUUUAAUUCCAUAAAAAGACACCAUAAUAAAAUAUUCAUAUUCAACAUACAA